AUGAAUCGUCCUCCACUCCACCACCAACACUCUCAUCACCGCCCUCCCUCCGAUGAUGAUGACGACUCCGAAGACGAAUUGCGACGUCCCGGCUCCUCCGGCAGUGAUGCCUCGUCCAAUGUGACCACCGUCUCCGCCACUCCUAUCACUCCCAUAGAUCGUCAACCGGGCGCCGGCUACUUCUCCCCAAACCCGCGAACGAGCUCAGCCACUUCAUCGCCUCAACACCAACAACACCAACACACUGCACGACCAAUGCCAGACGCCUCACGUCGGCCGUCUGGCCGGGGCCCCUCCUUGGAAAUGCAGCGACAUCGUUCAAGACAUCAUUCUCAGGGCUUCUUUGAACCCUCCCUCCCCACUGCCUCCUCCGAGCAGAUCCCGCAGGUCUCGGCGUCGAGGAUCGCCGCCCAGGCAGCCAUGCAACAGCAGAUGUUACAGCAGCAGCAGCAGUUACAAAUAUCACAACAACAACCAAGGCGCCCACAACAUCCUGUCUCCCCGAUGGAAGAUAGUGGCUCACGACGGAGUGUUAGUGCCUCUCCGCCGCUGAUUCCUCCUCCACUGCGAAUCAACCAACCCUCGCCGUCGCUUCCGCCGCCGACAGCAGGCAACGUCGCAACAACCGCCGCCAACGUCGUCUUCCCUCGCGCGGGCUCCCAACCCCCCGAACCCCAACCCGAGAAACAAAAAAAGAAGAAGCUCUUCUCCAAACCAAAACAUAUCGGCAUCAGCAGAGAUAAAGAUGUCUUCAAGGAUCGCGGCCUGCCUUCGCCGAGCAAGCUGCCCAGCUUGUCGCGUAUGGUCAGCUCCUCCAACACCAGUAUGGCCGAUCUCCCUUCCAACAACUCCUCCAUGUACAAUCUCUCCAAUGCCUCAGUCAGCACGGUUGUCCCUGCGGAUCGCCCGCCCGCCCCACCAGAGAAGGAUAAGGACAAGGAAAAGGAAAAGGACAAACAUAAGCACCAUUUCUUGUCGCGGCAGAAGCUCAAGUUGAAGGAGCGCGGUGACGAUCACUUUAACCUGCCUCUCUCUUCUGCGUCGAGUAAUUCUCGACCGACCGACCCCAAUGCUCCCCAAUCACUUUACUCAUUUACCAACCCGGCCUCACCGGCGCCGGGGGCUACAUUCAGCAAGUCAGUCAGCGGCUUAGAUCUGCUGCACGGUGGUCGAGCGAAAAAGAAGGAAAAAGAAGCGAUCCUCGAAAACGAACAAAUGGAAUGGCUGGCCAAUUCCAAUAGUGCGACGGGCCCCGUCGCAGGGCUUUGGCCUGAACAACAUGUCCCCGAAGACGCAUGGGAGUUCCUCAAGGCAAAACUCAUGGUCAUCUUUGACGGUGAGGAUGUGCGCAUCGCCAUUGAAGAUCUCAACAAGCUGGUUAUCGUCCACCUGCAGCGCUGCGUGCACAAACGCACACCCACAACCAUCAUCGCCGACCUCCAAGAUCUUCUCGAAACCGGCUUCGCCAACCUCAAUGCCAGCUCGCUCAUCGGUAUUCCCGAUGAAAAGGUCGUUCCGCACCUCGUGCAAAUAUGGCUCCUCUUCUUCGGCACCAUCCUCCCAUUCAUCCAGGCCGCUUUCCUCCCCCUGGACCAUGAAUUCAAGGGCAUCGGCUCCAUCAUGUCCGGUCGCGAGGCUCAUGAGUUCUGGGGCGACCUCCCCGCAGGAGGAAGUCUUGAUGUACGCAAUCUCGUCCUCAUCGCCUUCCGCGAUCGCAUCAUUCUCAACCGCUACGAUGCUCUCAAGGCUACAUUCUCCCGCCUCAGUCUCGACAGUAUCAAUGCGGGGUUUCCAACGCUCAGCGUAACGGCCAAGACAACUGGUACCGGACACGGCGGUCGGCCCGGAACAGCCGCUUCCCUAGACGCAGGAUUUGGAAGUUUCAAUUCCCAAUCUUCGACGCUGCUCAGUACUGUCGCGGAUAGUUACUCUUCCGACUCGCCGAGUGCGCUGGCAGCGGCGAAUCUCCCCCGUCCAUCGAGUAGUGAUUCCCGCAGUCGCGCUGCUUCAAAUACUUCGUCUAACCCGGACCCGGGUGUUUUCUCGGCUAUUUCUCCGCCUUCGAUCAGGCCUACGGUUAUGCAUCGUGCUAACUCGGCGGAUUCUUCACACGUUAUUACGGAGACUGUUGGUCGGAUGCUCCAAUGUGUUAGUGUGUUGGCCAGUGUUCAGACCGACGAUGCGGCGCAGGAGAAGAUUGAAAUCCUCGGUAAAACUCUCAAGCAUAAUUGGCUUGGUCGGGGACGGACAGGGAGGGAUCGACGAGGUUUUGUCGGGGCGAAGAUUCGGCCUGUUAUGGUUGGGGUUGGUGCUGGGACGCCGGUGCUGGAUGAUAAUGAGUCCCUUACGACGGCGGGGAUUAGUGUGGGUGCUAGUACCAGUACGACGAGUGACGAGAGGGGAUUCGUCUUCUUCGGAUUGGAGUCAGGGCCUUGGGGGGAAGUAUGA